CUCAAGAGGCGCCUCUUGCGGGCUGCUCGCUGCACGAGUUGCUGUUUUCAAUGCGACUUCGCGUCGUCUGGUUCCAAAACUCUCCGUUUCCUGGACUCCCUUGGUUUGGGGAACGCGAGGCUAUGCAGAAGUGUACAAUAGGACCAAGCCCCACAUGAACAUUGGAACGAUUGGCCACGUCGACCAUGGGAAGACUACUCUCACUGCUGCCAUCACCAAGUGUCUUGCUGAGAAGGGAGGUGCCCAGUUCACCGACUACAAUAUGAUAGACAAGGCUCCCGAAGAAAGAGCUCGUGGCAUCACUAUCAACGCUGCUCAUGUCGAAUACGAGACGGAAACACGGCAUUACGGGCACAUAGAUUGUCCCGGCCACGCUGACUACAUUAAGAACAUGAUCACUGGUGCUGCACAAAUGGAUGGCGCAAUCAUUGUCGUGUCGGCUACUGACGGUCAAAUGCCUCAAACACGGGAGCAUCUUCUCCUUGCUCGUCAAGUCGGUGUCAAGAAACUCGUUGUCUUCAUUAACAAGGUUGACCAAAUCUCGGACCCGGAAAUGUUGGAGCUUGUUGAUAUGGAAAUGCGAGACCUUCUUGGAACUUACAAUUUCGAUGGCGAAAACACUCCAAUAAUUAUGGGUUCCGCGCUGGCUGCUUUGGAAGGUCGUGACCCAGAGAUAGGUUCCAAGAAGAUUGUCGAGUUAGUGCAAGCAUGUGACGAUUGGUUGGAUCUCCCUCUUCGUGACCUUGAGAAGCCUUUCCUACUUCCUGUCGAAGAUGUUUUCUCCAUCUCCGGACGUGGAACCGUUGCCACUGGCCGAGUUGAACGCGGUGUUGCCUCCAAAGGGACUGAAGUUGAGGUUCUCGGUCUGGGUGAAUCGUUCAAGACUACCCUUACCGGUAUUGAAAUGUUCCACAAAGAACUUGACCGGGCCGAGGCUGGCGAUAACAUGGGUGCUCUGCUCCGUGGUGUAAAGCGUGAACAAGUCAAACGCGGCCAAGUCAUCAUCGCUCCUGGUUCCAUGAAGGCCGUUAAGGUUUUUAAGGCCCAAAUCUAUGUUUUGACUAAAGACGAAGGCGGACGUUACACUCCUUUUACCUCCGGAUAUAAGCCUCAACUAUUCUUGCGUACUGCCGACGUUUCGGUUGAACUGAAAUUCGACGACCCGGCCAAGAUGGCCAUGCCUGGUGACAACGUUGAGCUGGAAUGCAAUCUCCACUCGUCUGUCGCGUUGGAGGUUGGGUCUCGUUUCACUCUCCGUGAGGGCCACAAAACUAUCGCCACCGGUGUCGUGGUUGAGACCAAAGAGUAGAGGACAAAUACCGUCCUAUACUUGAAUUCAUUGCAUUCCCCACUCAUUAUCUCUGUAAAGUAUAAUGCAAACCGGAUUCAAAAAACGAUCUAUAUGUAGAUAGUGGGAACCUGUAGUCCAGUAAUAGGAAGGCAGUGGGUGAAUUACGGGCAGUCCGACAAUUUGGAAUCUGAGCGGGAAUGAAUAGAAGCGGUGUUCCGGUGUCCGUUUAUGGCUUUCGAAUUUUUACAAUUUUUACUGUAGUCGCUGCCUUUUGUUGCGUUUCUAUCUCUGUUCAACGAUGCAAUCAGUCCUCCGAAACGUCACCAAGGCAGGCCCACUGUACUCUCUGGCACGCAACAUUAGGUUAGCAGCACCGUUAACCCAAAGGCCCUGCGUUCGACCUCAGUUCAUUCGAAC